AUGGAAACGGAAAUUGUUGCUGGAACAGGUAUCGAAGGAUCUGAUCUGAAUCAACUUGGUUAUCCCAUGGGAAUUUUUGUUGACAUAAACUUUGAUUUAUAUGUGGCAGAUUGUGAAAACAAUCGCGUUCAACUCUUUCAAUUAAAUCAAUCAAAUGGACAAACAAAAGCAGGAGACACAUCAUUAUAUCCACCAAUUACUCUUCUUUGUCCAUCGGAAAUUGUACUCGACAUCAAUAGAUAUUUAUUCAUUGCAGAUAAUAAUAGUCGUCGUAUUGUAGGAGAAGAACCAACUAGUUUUGGAUUUACAAUUGCGUGUUAUAACCUAGGUCACAAUCAAAUCAACUGUUUGGUGCAAUAA